AAUUGUCUCAUCCAUUAUUUCUUUUCAUUGUGUUUCUAGGUUAGACAAGAAAAAGGGCGUAAACAUAGGCAACACCUAUAUCAACAGAAAGCAAGCCAGAGUGUUUAUUAGACACAUAGCUGCAGUAGAGAGGGUGACCCUACAGUCCAAUGUGGCAGAGGCCAAAUUUCUGUCAGUCUUGUCAGAUGGGUCAACAGACUUGGCUGUCCUGGAGCAGGAGAUUGUGUAUACACAGUUCUGUAAUGGAGCAAAGGUGGAGGUCCACUUUGCUGGCAUCCAGGAUGUGGAGAAGGCGGAUGGAGAGGGUAUAGGCCAAGCCAUAGAUGCUAUGAUGCAGAGGGUCAGUGAGGAGUGGCAGACAAAGUUGGUGGCCUGUUGUACUGAUGGAGCCUCUGUAAUGACAGGGGCACACAAGGGAGUUGUAGCCAGGUUGAGGGAGACCAAUAAACAUGUCCUUGGGAUGCACUGUAUGGCCCAUCGUCUAGAGCUAGCUUUCAAGGACGCAGUCCAGAAGUGUGCUUUGGCCAGACAACUUGAAGAUAAUUUGUCAGGCCUCAAUAAAUUUUAUUGUAAAAGUGCACAAAAUAGGGCCAACCUUAAGCGCUGCUUCUCAAUGAUGGGCCAGACACCCCUCAUACCCACCAGGGUUGGUGGCACCAGGUGGGUUUCCCACCUCCUCAGGGCUGUGGAUCAGUACCUUAGAGGCUACAAUGGAGUAACAAGUCACCUAGAGGAGGUUAAGUUAUCCAAUGUGGGAGGUGUAAAAGCAACACAACAGAACAAAACGUGUGGCUACUUAAAAACCUGGUGGGACCCAGUAGCUCUCAUGUUCUGCAACUUCAUGCAUGAUUGCCUGACUCAACUCAGUAGCCUCUCCAAGACAGUUCAAACAUCAGAUGUCACAGUAGCUGACGUCCACAACUGCCUGGCCACCACCCAGACUAUACUCACAAAAUAUAAAACCAGGUCUGGCCCCAAGGUGAAGGCUCACGUGGACCAGCACGAGAGUGAUGACAACACUGUAAACCGUGUCAUGAGGGCAAAGUCAUUGCUACUGGACAAGCUCUGCCAGACUCUCCAAACAAGAUUUUCUGAUAUGAGCAUGAGCAUCCUCCAGGCUACUAAGUUGGUUAAUCUAAAGAGUUGGCCCGAUGCAGAGAAUUCUGAAGAAUUUGGUGAAUCUGAAGUGGAGGUAUUGAUGCGUCACUUCCAAGAUGUCCUCACAUCCUCCGGGAUUGCCGUUGACCAUAUCCCUGACCAGUGGACUGUGCUGAAGACACACCUCUAUGAGACAGGAGAGUUUUGGCACAAGACCUGGCCAGAGAUCAACAGAACUUUGAAACACUGGUGUCCUGACAUGCUGAGCUUGAUUGAUCUCAUUCUCACUCUACCAGCAUCGACAGCAGACUGUGAAAGAGGGUUCAGUAAGAUGAAGCUGGCCAAGACUGACUGGAGGUCCCGACUUACAACAUCUAGUCUCUGCGACCUACUGGUCGUCCAGCUCUCAAGCCCAUACAUAGAUGACUUUGACCCCAACCCUGCUGUCCAACUGUGGCAUCAGGCCAGUACCCGCAGUCGACAACCAGACUUCAUGGAGGGGAGGAGGAGCCCUCAAGAUUGUUCCUCCUCUGAUUCCUCAGAAUCUGAUUCUGAUGAGGAUUGACUGUCUAUGUCUAUAGUUUGGUUUUGUUAUGGUUUGUUUUUGUUACUGUCACCUUUAAUUUAGUCA